CUGAGACGUUGUUUGUGUUGGAUAAACCAGAAUAAAACAGAGUAACUGCAUCUCAGGGUCUUGCUACUUCAUCUGAAAAUGGGAUUUCCCUUUCCCUACAGCACCAUUGCAUGCUGGCUGGUGCUAUCCCUCCCAAGUUUAUUUUUUCCUUGCUGCUACUGCAGCUAGUUACAUCCAGCUGUCCUUUUACCAAGAAGCGACUGUGGUUUCCACAGUAUGAACUGUCUGUUGCUAAUUCAUUCCAUGUCAGUUGCUGAUUGAAGUAGCGAUUCUGAUGCCAGGCAAUUUGGAGUCAAGGUGAUUCAUCACAGGCUCCAGCAAUUAGCAGUGUUGGGUGUCUGCUUCUAUGGAACCAAUACAAGAAGUCUUCACAGGCAGGAUUCCUGACAGCAGGUAACACCAAAGGCAAGUCCUUCCCUCACAUGGACUCUCAAGUUGGUGACAGCCUCAGAGCUGGGAUCUUGUGUCCAUUCAGUUCAGCACAGCAAAGGCUGAGCUGAAUAUAGAUUAGGCUUUCACCUUUCUCUGUGACCUCUGUGUGAAGUUCAAGAAGUUGACCGAUGGGUGACUGGGUUGAGAGCGAAGGAGGAGAGAUGCCGGGUUGUGCCCUGGAGCCAGAGGUUUGUGACACUUCCCUUAAUCUGAUUACAUUUCCAGUCCCUGCUUGCAGCCUAACCUGACCUGUCUCCUGCCAUGUUUUUGGUGAACUGUUGACUCACAAGUAGGCAGUGAUGAGCUCCUGUCAUAUCCACACCCUCUUCCCAGGCACAACAGGCUGAAAAAGCUGGGGCUGCUCAGACCUCACAGCCACCUGCCAGUAUCCAGGGGGCCUACAGGGAAGCCAGAGAGGGACUCUUUGUCAGGAACAGUAGUGAUAGGACAAGGAGUAAUGAGUACAAACUGAGAGGGAAAUUUAGGCUGGAUAUUAGGAAGAAGUUCUUUACUGUGAGGGUGGUGAGGCACUGGAACAGGUUAUCCAGGGAGGUUGUGGAUGCCCCAGCCUUGGCCAGUAUUUAAGGCCAGGUUGGAUGGGGCUCCGAGCAACCUGGUCUGGUGGCAGGUAUCCCUGCACAGGUCAGCAGGUUUGGGACUAGAUGAUCUUCAAAGGUCCCUUUCAACCCUUAGCAUUCUAUGAGUCUGUGAUUAGUUCUAUGCAAAAUUUGCCAGACACUGCAAUUACAUGGGCUAUGUGGUGAAGAUGGAGAGGCAGGUGGCAUCUGGCAACAUUUCAUACAAAAGGGAAAGAAAAAAAAAGGAAGAAAGAAGGAAAUGUGAUGUGCUUUAAGAAAUGAGUGAGGCAAGAUUUUGUACAAAAACAGGAGAUGCAGAGAACAAGAGAAGACCUAGAUUUGAGACCUAGUGAAUGAGAGAGGAACUGCAAAGGUUUUAAACUGCCACUAACAAAGGCUUGGAAGACCAGCAGGCAAUAAUCACUGCUUUGGGUCAGUCUUGCUGUGAUAUCUGGUCUUCCUGUGGCUGGUGAGUGCCUGCUGUUGGUAUGGUAUCUGCAAAGUCCAGUCCUGAGGGUGGAGUGCUUUCAUCCUGCCUGUGUGCCCUGCAGCCUGGUCUGCCAAAAAUACCAGAAAAAUAACCCAAAUCACGGAAUCACAGACUGGUUUAGGUUGGAAGGGGCCACGGCGGGGCAUCUAGUCCAACCUCCCUGCUCAAGCAGGGCGAUCCCAGGGCACAUGGCACAGGAUUGUGUCCAGAUGGUUCUCGAAUAUCUCCUGUGAGGGAGACUCUACAUCUCUCUGGGUAACCUGUUCCAGUGCACGGUCGCCCCACAGUUAAGAAGUUCUUUCUCAUACCCAGCUGGAACUUCCUGCAGGUCAGUUCGUGCCCAUUGCCUCAGGACCACCAACUCUAUGGACGCAGCCCCUGGUCCCGAGGGGGCAGCAGCAUUGCCGGGCAGGCUGCUAUCUCCUGCCAGGGCGAUAUCACUGGCACAUCCUGUACCUGUUGUCAUGGGGGGAGAUGCAGAACCUGCUUCUGCAGAGAUCCCUCACUUGGCGUGUGUCGGUGUAUCCGUGCAAUCUGCGGCCGGCAGAGUUCUCAAUCCCCGCCGGUCGGCGCCUGCUAAUCACAGGAAGUCACAGAAUAUGCUGAGAUGGAAGGGACCCAGCAGGAUCAUCAGUCCCACUCCUGGCCCUGCGCAGGACACCCUGAGAACGACACGCACCAUCUGAACCUGCCAAGGCCACUAAUGACAAUUGAAAAGGGCGUUUUCUCGCCGGCUGCGGAGGCGGAGGCUCGGGCAGGUCGGCCCGGGGGAGGGAGAAGCGGCGCUCCCGGGCCGCAGGCAGGGCGGCACGGCCUCCGGAGCGCGCCGCGGUCGCUCGGCUGUGGCGUCACUGCUCGCGGCCUAUCCCGGGGCCCAGCGGGGCCGGUCCCGGAGGCCUAUCCCGGCUUGUCCCGGCCUAUCCCGGCUUGUCCCGGCCUAUCCCGGCUUGUCCCGCCCCGUUCCCCGGCGCUCGCCAUGGCCCGGCCCGUCGUACACAGGUGCCUCCAACUCACUGAUGAAAAUGAGCAGUUAGUCAAGAAGGUGAAAAAACUACAUAUAAAAAAUAAGGAGCUAGAAAAGAAUCUGGGUCAGAUCCAAGAACAACUGCAUCUGCAGCAGUUAAUGCAUGUCUGUGGCACAAGCAGAGAUGUUCAAGUUCAGACAGAAACCCAUUUAUGGCAUAAGGGUGGAGACAGCAAGGAUCUGGUUCUAGAGAGUGACAGUGUCAGACUACUUCAGAUGUUUAAUGAGCUACAGAAACGUUAUGUUAAAGAAACCAAAAUAAACAAGGAGCAAAGUGAAGCAAUUAAAAAUCUCACUAUUAAAAUUAAUGAGCUAGAGCGUAAUCUUCAAGAGCAGAAGCAAAAAAUUGAGAAACUGGAACGUAAAAAGGUUUCUUGGAAAACUAGUGCUGUUUCUGGAAAACAAAGUCAAACCCCAGAGGGAGGAGUAGCUUCUCACAGGGACAUUUCUGCAAAGGAGUCCUGUUGCAGUAGAUAUUUAGGUAAUGGUACAGAGCUAUUGUUGAAGGAGAUUAAAAAGCUGAAGAAAGAAAAUGGAAAGUUGUCUGCAGAAAGGAGAGCACUAAAAAAUGAAUUAGCUGGAUUAGACAAGGAUUUUUUUGAAGAGGUGGAAGAUUUAAAACACGCUGUACAGGAAUCUGUGAAACUGAACAAUGAGUAUGAAAAGUGCUUGAAACAAAUAAGUGUAAUAUAUGGACUUCCUUUUACAGCACAUUUGUAACUACCAGGUAAUUUAAUGCCAGGUAGAUUUUCCACAUAUUUUUUAUACUUACUGCAACAUUUAAACCUACCAUUGCUUAAGUGGUACCACAGUUUGAUAAUAUAGAUUCAAUAAUGUGAUCUCAAUAUAACAAAUGCUUGGAAAUGUUGUAUUUUGUGACCUUGAUUUUUUUUUUGUUUGUUUAUAUACUUUUAAAUAAACUCUGAUCUGCAUAA